GGCCCUGGUCCCAGCGCGAGGUCUGCUGAAGUGCCGGGACGCCGCUGGAGGAAUCGUGGGUCGACUCCGGGGCUGGCCGCGGCCGCUGCGGGUCUCUGAGAAGCCCGAGACCAGCGCGGUAUAUCCUGGAGGCGGGUCGGAGGCUGGCCGGAGACUCCGCCCGCCGCUGGAGCUGGAUGGAAAGCAGGAAGAGCUGGGCUAGAUUCAGUGUUGUUAAAUCCUGCGAAUUCACACUUUUUUAAAAAAAUGAAGAAAUUAAGGCUUAAGGAACUAGAAAGUCGUCUGCAACAAGUGGAUGGAUUCGAAAAGCCCAAGCUACUUCUAGAACAGUAUCCCACCAGGCCGCAUAUUGCAGCAUGUAUGCUCUAUACAAUCCAUAAUACAUAUGAUGACAUUGAAAAUAAAGUGGUUGCAGAUCUAGGAUGUGGUUGUGGCGUUCUUAGCAUCGGAACUGCAAUGUUAGGAGCGGGGUUGUGUGUUGGAUUUGACAUAGAUGAAGAUGCGUUGGAAAUAUUUAAUAGAAAUGUGGAGGAGUUUGAGUUAACAAAUGUUGACAUGGUUCAAUGUGAUGUGUGCUCAUUAUCUAACAGAAUGUCCAAGUCAUUUGAUACAGUAAUUAUGAAUCCUCCUUUUGGGACCAAAAAUAAUAAAGGGACAGAUAUGGCAUUUCUGAAGACUGCUUUGGAAAUGGCAAGAACAGCAGUAUACUCUUUACACAAAUCCUCCACUAGAGAUCAUAUUCAAAAGAAAGCUACAGAAUGGAAAAUCAAGAUAGAUAUUAUUGCAGAGCUGCGAUAUGACCUGCCAGCAUCAUACAAAUUUCAUAAAAAGAAAUCAGUGGAUAUUGAAGUGGAUCUAAUUCGGUUUUCUUUUUAAAAGCCUCUAAAGACAAAAGCAGCUUAAAACCUAAUUAAGAUGAAUAAAAAAAUGUUUUACUAAA